CCAACAAAACAAAAAUUCAAUCCGCUAAAAGUUAAAAAACACAUUAUUUGUAGGAGUAGAUAAAAAAAUAAAUCCUGAAGAAAACACUUUGGAUAUUCCUAAAUUCCCAAAAUAACCAUAAUGCUCUUUAAAAGAAUAUAAUAAUGAUAUCAACCUAUAAUAAUAAUAAUAAACACAUAUUAAAAAAAUUUAAACUGAAGAAUGUAUUAAAAAUGAAACAUACUAAAAUUCAAACUAAUAAUUAGAUUAGUCACCAUCAAAAAACCCAAAAAUAAAUUCCACUUUAGAUGAUUUUAACGAAAAAUACAUUCUUGAAAAAACACUAGGGUAGGGAUGUCAUGCAAUUGUAAAAACAUGCAAAAAUAAAUUAUCUGGCAAAACAUUUGCCGUAAAAAUAAUCCGAAAUGGCGACAUAGAGAUAAUAUCUGCUAUAAUCCGUUCAUUUAAAAUACUCAAAAGUCUUAAUCAUAAAAGCAUUAUUAAACCAUAUGAACUAUUUAUAAAUUAAGAAACAGAAAAAAUAUUUUAUGUUAUGGAAUAUUGCUAAUAUUCACCAUUAAGUCACUUACUUUAGCAUAAAAAAAUUCCCCAAAAUAAACAAAAAAGUAUCAUAAGGAGUAUUUUUAAAACACUCUCCUAUUUGCAUUAGGAAGGAAUUUCUCAUAGGGACUUAAAGCCUGAUAAUAUUCUAGUAAAUGAAGGUGAUUUCGAAUAAAUAAAAUUUAUUGACUUCGAAGUAUCUAAAAAAUUUAAAUAAAUCUCUUUUAAAAAUUUUAAAUAAGUCCCCAUAGUACAAGAAAUGUGGACCCGCACAGGUACUUUAGACUAUUAAGCCCCUGAAAUAUUCAUUUCCGCCGGAUACUCAGAAUCUGUGGAUGUAUGGUCGUUAGGAGUAGUUUGUUAUGAAAUAUUUUUGGGGACUUUACCAUUUAGAAGUGAGUAUGUAUCAGAUACUAUAGAAUUAAUUACUUCUGGAAAUCUAGAUGAGGAGAAAAUGAAAUAUUUAGAUAUAACAAGAAAAGAUUUAUUAAAAAGGAUUUUAAAAAAGAACCCAAAAGAUAGACUUAAUGCAGUAGAAGUAUUAAUACAUCCAUAUUUUUUAGAAAAUGGAGACCUAGUUUAAAGGGAAGAGAAAAUAAAACUUUUUAGUAGUUAAUUUUGUAGGAAUUUUCAAACUAACGGUGAAAACGGAGUUAUAGUUUCAAGUUAAUUUAUUGGUAAAAAGAAAAAAUAUUAUAAAUAAAAAACUUCUGUUUAAGAAACGGAAAAAGAAGAAUACAAAAAAUAUAGUAGA